CGGGCGCUGGUAGUUAGACAUACCGAUUGACAGUGUCGGAGACCUAGGCAGGAUCUUCACGGAGGUUCCGUGAGAAGCCUGCGACGCGGUCAAGAUGCCGAACAAAACCAAGAAGGAAAAGGAAACAAAUAAAUCCAAAAGCAGCACGAAGAACAGUAACAGUAGUAGUGGAGGCAAAGAUGGCACCUUGGAGAACUCUGACGAGCAGAGCGCCAGCAAGCGUCCCGGUAACAGCACCCCACCCCCCACCCAGCUCAACAAGAUCAAAUACUCCGGAGGUCCUCAGCUGGUGAAGAAAGAGCGCCGCCAGAGCUCCUCUCGCUUCAGCCUGACCAAGAACCGGGAGCUGCAGAAACUUCCUGCCCUCAAAGAUGCCCCGCCAGUGGAGCGAGAGGAGCUGUUCGUGCAGAAGCUGCGUCAGUGCUGCGUUCUGUUCGACUUCAUCAGCGAUCCGCUCAGUGACCUCAAGUACAAAGAGGUGAAGAGGGCGGGGCUUAAUGAGAUGGUGGAAUACAUCACGCACAACAGCGAAGUGGUCACUGAAUCCAUCUACCCCGAGGCCGUCCUCAUGUUUUCUGUCAACGUGUUCCGUACGCUUCCUCCGUCCUCGAACCCGACCGGAGCCGAGUUUGACCCUGAGGAGGAUGAGCCCACGCUGGAGGCGGCUUGGCCCCACCUGCAGUUGGUGUACGAGUUCGUUCUUCGCUUCCUCGAGUCUCCAGACUUUCAACCUAACAUCGCUAAGAAGUACAUCGACCAGAAGUUUGUUUUGUUGCUGCUGGAGCUGUUCGACAGUGAGGACCCCAGGGAGAGAGACUUCCUAAAAACCAUCCUCCAUCGGAUCUACGGGAAGUUCUUGGGCCUCCGGGCCUACAUCCGCCGACAGAUCAACAACAUCUUUUACAGGUUCAUCUAUGAGACGGAGCAUCACAAUGGUAUCGCUGAACUGCUGGAGAUCCUGGGCAGCAUCAUUAACGGCUUUGCUCUGCCGCUGAAAGAAGAACACAAGAUGUUUCUGAUCCGAGUUCUGCUGCCGCUGCAUAAAGUAAAGUCUCUCAGCGUGUACCACCCUCAGCUGGCCUACUGUGUGGUUCAGUUCCUGGAGAAGGACAGCAGCCUGACAGAGCCAGUGAUCAUGGGUCUGCUGAAGUUUUGGCCCAAGACUCAUAGUCCGAAAGAGGUAAUGUUCCUGAAUGAGCUGGAGGAGAUCCUGGAUGUCAUUGAGCCAACAGAGUUUGUCAAAGUUCAGGAGCCACUUUUCAGACAGCUUGCCAAGUGUGUGUCCAGCCCUCACUUCCAGGUAGCAGAGAGAGCUCUGUAUUACUGGAACAACGAGUACAUCAUGAGUCUGAUCAGCGACAAUGCUGCCAAGAUCCUCCCCAUCAUGUUCCCUGCCCUCUACAAGAACUCCAAGAGCCACUGGAACAAAACCAUCCAUGGGCUGAUCUACAAUGCUCUGAAGCUCUUCAUGGAGAUGAACCAGAAGCUGUUUGAUGACUGCACGCAGCAGUACAAGGCUGAAAAACAAAAAGAGAAGUACAAGCUAAAGGAACGAGAGGAAAUCUGGUUUAGGAUUGAGGAUUUGGCCCGACAGAACCCGCAGAGUACUAAGCUCCACCCCCUUCGACCUGGACUCCACCCACAGGAAGAGUACCUGUUGUACAGCGACAGCAGCGUGGCGGUUUACUCCAUGGAGACAGAGACUCCUACAGCUGAGGACAUCCAGCUGCUGAAGAAAACCGUGGAGACUGAAGCCUCACAGGGUCUAAAGGAUCUGAAGAAGGACAAAGUCCUGAUGAGGAGGAAGUCGGAGCUGCCGCAGGACGUCUACACCAUCAAAGCCCUGGAAGCUCACAAGAGAGCCGAGGAGUACCUUACAGCCAACCAGGAGGCUCUCUGACCAGGGGAGGUGCCCUUCCCCCCUGAACCUGGCUCCACCACCCAGUCUGCCUCCGAAGGUAGGAAAGAGUCAGAGGACGGAGCUGAAACUGGAACAAGAAGCUCAGCUCCACCUCCAGGUGUUGGAAUGAAGUGGGACACCAUAGAAGCUCCGUCUGUCCACGUGCUGUCCAACAUGUGUCCACUGUGAUUAGACAUCAGCUUCAUGACACGCCCCCUCAACACCUCCACCUGCCAUCCUCUGGACAUCACCACGGCUGUUUACAGACCCGUCCGACACCUGAACGCAUCACCAGCAGCGUUGUCCAAUGAAAGAGUUUGACCAUCUGGGCUCUGGCCCCCGAGAACCUGAAGAGUUUUAUGGAUGCCUUAAGAAGAAAACACAAUGUCUUUAACUGAUGACAUUAGCACGGUUUACCUGCAGCGACAGGUGAGGAGCCCAGACCUGCCUGACCCUUCCUCACCUCGUCUGUUUUUCUGACGUUGGCCCAUUCAUGUUGUAAAUGUUCCUUGAACGCACCGUCAGAAAGGAGUUCAGGUCUCCUGCCGUGGAAAACUCCAGAGUCCUGCUGCACGUAAACAAAUCACAGGUCUGUAGCUCCACCCUCUAUCCGUGUCAACCAAUCAGCUGUCAGCAUUGGAGACAGAUGACAAGUGAAUGUAGACUUUGAAUGAGAAUCUUGUCCACCACCUACAGCAGGUGAGGGGGCAGGACUUCUCAGUGCUUACCUGUGUGAGGCUUUUAUCAGGGUUAAAAUGGAUCUGACCUUCAGGUUUGUGUGAAGCUACAAAUGACCGCAGAGUUUAAGAAUCAUGAUGUCAACCAACCAAUCAGAGCCGUUCUGACAUCUGAUAAUCCUGGAAAAUGUUUAAUUCACGACCACAGAACCAUGUGACCCUCAGAUCGCCGUCUGAUUGGUUCGUUGAAGCUUUAAAAGG